CAUAAUUUUAUAUUAAAUCACAUUAAUCAUUAAUUAUAUUUUUUGUCAAGGUGUAAUGACACUGUGAACAUAUUUAUAAAGCAUCAUGAUAAAUUUAACAUAAAUCUAAAAUGUCACUGCUAAAGUGCCCAUAGUUGCAGAAACACCCAAAUACAUAGCCUACAUACCAUGGAAGUCAAUGGCUACUUUAAACUGUUUAGUUACCAACAUUCUUCAAAAUGUCUUAUUUUGUGUUCAGCAGAAGAAAGAAACUGCUCUAUUUACUGUAUGCUAUUUAAUGUAAACAGAUUUUACAUUUUGGCACUGGACGUUUCAAUAUUUUAUUUUGUGCUUGUUCAGGUUUUGCUUGAGCCAUGUUACAUUUUUCUGAAUUUUAUACAAAUAUAUAAUACUUACUUAUAUUUUCAAACAUUGCCAUUUCAGUGUCCUGUGUGUGUAGUAAGCUACAGCACAUAACGAUUAUGAAUCAAGGCUCCUGCGAGGCAAAAUGGGUCCUUAUAUGUAGGCUAAAACAUUGUGUAAAUUCCAUGCAUGCCACACGUGUGCGUUCGCUGAAACCACGUUCUCCGGAAGUGUAAAAUCCCUUUAUAAACUCCAGUCGGUGGAAGGUUGGGCGUAAUGUAGCCUGUAUGCAUGACUCUAUUGAACCGGUUCUAGUGAUUCAAAAACAUACAGUGCUUCCAGUAUAACCAGAAUCACGAGCAAAUGACUCUUAUGAUUCGGUUAUUUUAAUGAAUCAUUCCCUCAUGAACUCGAGUACUGUUUUGGAGCACCAUGUUAAAAAUCUCUCCGUUGUAAGGUAUACAUUUAAUUAGGUUGAAUCGGGCUGUACAGACCGAGGUUGACGCUCUCACCUCGCAUACCUCGUUUUCGGACCCAGCCCACCUCUGGAUGACAUCACAAUGGAUCGAACACACUUACAGUCAGAAGAGGACAUUUACACAGCUGGUGAUGAAAUGCCACAACCCUCAGCACCACUGGAUAUAGCUAAAUUUAAAAUAAAAGUGGACUGGACAGAACCAUUUCCAGAGAGAUGGAGAGCAAGAUUACAUAAAGCCCUUCAGAGCUGGUUAUCCAGACUGGAAGGGAAACCAUCUGUCCACAGCAUUAAACUCAUGGAUGAUCCAUCCUGGGCAGAAGUGCAGAUAACACCAUCGACAGCUCGACAAGCUUUAAAAAAGCUCAGGUCGAUACCUUUGAUUUUUAAACAUGAAAAUAAGGAAGUGACUGCAUGGAUUUGUCCAGAUGAAACACAAUGUGUGACAGCAUCAUGCAAGACAUCCAUGUCAUACAAGAUCGGAUUUCCAUUACCAAAGGUAAACAGUUCUAUACCUGUGACUUCUACAGAAUCAGAAGAAGGUGAGGACGCUGCUGCAGCUAAUAGUGCUCCAAAUCAAACUGAGACCACUAAACCUGCCCUUGAAAUCACUGUCCCCCUCUAUCCAUACUGGUACAUGCAUCAUGCUUACAGAAAGGAACUGAAACAAUUUGAGAAACAGCAUGGAGUCUGUAUUUCUGCAGAAGUGUCAGUCUCAAUCAAACAUAUCCAGAGCUCGAACCCUGAUUCUGUGUCUAAAACCACUGAGGACUUUCAGAAACUAGUUAAAGGAUGUGUGGAUACUUUUAGUGAUGCUGCUAUUAAUCAUAACGUGGAUUCAGAUAUUGUGAAGGAGGCACUUAAUGCCGUCCAGUCAGAGAAGGAAAAGAUUAUGUUCACCAUGUCUGCCAGUGACUGUCUGUUCUUUGGACCAAAGAAAUUUACAGACACGAUUAAAAGAGAGACAACAAGACUGGAACAAAAAUUUAAGGAGAAACGUCUGAUGAACCUAUUUGAUGAUAAGAUGACAAGACAAGAGAAACUGAUUGGUUACUCAGGGGAAAUUCCUCAUGCAAGAGGAUUCAGAUGGAAUCAGAUGCCUGAUUAUGGUCCAGGAGCAGUGGGUGGAGCAGGACGGGAUGAGGGAGUGAAUUUUAGAGUGCGAGGCGAAACAGAUACUGGUUUCAAUGAACAAUCAAAAAACGAUUCUAAACAUGACAGUAAAGGUGCUCAUGCUGAAGAGGAGACGUGCCCUAUUUGUAUGGACAACUUCACUGACAAGAUAAAACUGAAAUGUGGGCAUGAAUUCUGUCAGGAAUGUAUAAGAAUGUCAGUGGAGAGUCUGGGAUCCAUCUGUCCUGUGUGUAAGGAAGUGUUUGGGAAAUUGGAGGGAAACCAACCGGAUGGAACAAUGACUGUAAGAAAGAGUAGAUCGAGUCUCCCUGGAUAUCCACACUGUGACACUAUUGAAAUCACCUACAACAUACCCAGUGGUAUUCAAACGAAUAAGCAUCCAAACCCAGGAAAGCCUUAUCAUGGAGCAAAGUGUCAUGCAUACCUGCCAGACAACGAUGAAGGAAAUGAAGUGCUCGGACUGCUGCAGAGGGCUUUUAAACAGAAACUGAUCUUUACCGUUGGGACUUCAACAAUUUCCGGUUUAGACAAUUCUGUCAUCUGGAAUGAUAUUCAUCAUAAGACCAACACACUUGGCGGGCCUCUAAAUUAUGGCUAUCCAGACCCUGACUACCUGAGGAAAGUGAAAGAUGAGUUAAAGGCCAAAGGCAUUAAAGAAGAGACAACAAGACUGGAAAGCCAAUUCAAGGACAAACUUCAGAAGAAUGUGUUUGAUGAAAAGAUGAAGAAACUGCUUGGUUACUCAGGUAACAUUCCACACUCAAAGGGAAUCAGAUUGAAUCAGACGCCUGAUUAUGGUCCAGGAGCAGUGGGUGGAGCAGGACGGGAUGAGGGAGUGAACUUUAGAGUGCGAGGCGAAACAGAUACUGGUUUCAAUGAACAAUCAAAAAAUGAUUCUAAACAUGACAGUAAAGGUGCUCAUGCUGAAGAGGAGACGUGCCCUAUUUGUAUGGACAACUUCACUGACAAGAUAAAACUGAAAUGUGGGCAUGAAUUCUGUCAGGAAUGUAUAAGAAUGUCAGUGGAGAGUCUGGGAUCCAUCUGUCCUGUGUGUAAGGAAGUGUUUGGGAAAUUGGAGGGAAACCAACCGGAUGGAAAUAUGUAUGUAACAAUGAGCAGAUUGAGUCUCCCUGGAUAUCCACACUGUGGCACUAUUGAAAUCACCUACAACAUACCCAGUGGUAUUCAAACGAGUAAGCAUCCAAACCCGGGAAAGCCUUUUCAUGGGGCAAAGUGUCAUGCAUACCUGCCUGACAACAAUGAAGGAAAUGAAGUGCUCGGACUGCUGCACAGGGCUUUUCAUCAGAAACUGAUCUUUACUGUCGGGAAAUCUACAACUUCUGAUUUAGAUAAUCUCGUCACCUGGAAUCAUAUUCAUCAUAAGACCAACACACACGGUGGGCCUGAAAGUUAUGGCUAUCCAGACGCUGACUACCUAAAGAGAGUGAAAGACGAGUUAAAAGCCAAAGGCAUUAAAUGAGAUUUUGAUUCACAUGUCCUGAAGAAAAACUGUGUAAUAGGUGCAAAUUAACUAGAUAUCAACAUUUAUUAUUUUAAAGUGACAUUAGUUAAACAAACAAAUACAAUAUGAGUCUGCAAAAUUAUUCCACCCUCUAACUCAAGGGCAGGGUUUACCAAACUUGGGUUUGUAAGUUCAUGAAAAGAUAAUGAUUAUUUUGAUCAUAAAAAUGUAAAUGCAAUAGGAUAGCACAAUUAAAUUAAUUAAAUUGAAAUGGUGUGAUUAUCCAAUAGAAAAACUGCAGUAGACUAUAUGCACUACUGCAGUUACAUUAAGCGUUACACAACAGGACAAAGCUAUACUGAUACAAUCCACCUUCACUCUUAUGGCAUUUCAGGCUUCUGAAAUUCAUGACUAAAAAGUUAUGUUUUAUUCCAAAAUCUUAUGUUUGUUAUAGUUAACAAACUAAAUAUUCACUACCAGUCAAAAGUUUUAGAAUGGUAAGAUUAUUUUAAUGUUCUCUUCUGCUCAUCAAGGCUGCAUUCAUUUGAUCCAAAAUACAGCAAAAACAGUAAUAUUUUGAAAUAUUUUUACAAUUUAAAAUAACUGCUUUCUAUUUGAAUAUAUUUUAAAAUGCAAUUUAUUCCUGUGAUCAAAGAUGACUUUUCAGCAUCAUUACUGCAGUCCUCAGUGUCACAUGAUCCUUCUAGAAAUUGUUCUCAUUAUUUUAUAUUGAUUAGUGUUGAAAACAGUUGUGUACAUUUUUUUAAAAUCUUUGAUGAAUAUAAAGUUCAAAAGAACAGUAUUUAACUGAAACAGAAAGCUUUUGUAUCAUAAUAAAGUCUUUACUGUCA